CUUGCGUGUGUAAGUCCGCCAUGUUUGGUCUGUUGUGUAGUCAACAAACGUCUGUGUGCGUUUCACGUUUUUUUUAAAACGGAUAUUUGCGAAAGAUGAGCUCGUAAUGUUGACGUUUGUUGUUUAUCAUGAGUAAUGGGUAAACGGUAUUACUGCGACUAUUGUGAUCGUAGCUUUCAAGACACCUUGCACAACAGAAAGAAGCACUUGAACGGCGUACAACACCACAGAGCUAAAAAGGCGUGGUUCGAUAACUUCCGAGAUGCUACAGCAAUUUUGCAAGAUGAGCGAGCCAAGCAACCGUGUAGAAAGUUUCUCCAGACAGGCCAAUGCGUUUUUGGCCCCAGCUGCCGUUACUCACAUUUAUCUGAAAAGGAUAUGAAAGCUUUGGAACAACAUAUUAAUGACGAAAGAUGGCAAAAGGUGGACCCAGACAAACAGGACGUUUCCCGUGAGCCUUCGCUAGAGGAGUGGCUCUCCAGGAGAGAGAAGAAGAGGGCUGCCAUGAUGACCGGGAGGAUUGUAAAGGUGGAGGAGAGCUCAGGAAUUGACAACGUGGAUGUUCCUCCGUUCCUGCUGUCCAUCCCAGACCUCCCACCCUCUCUCCUUCCUCCACACCCAGGUGUUCACAGACGGACAACCUGCAGUGACUGGGGUUAAACUCAAAUCUUCAUAUAGGUUAUUUAUAAGUCACUUCUAUACUGUUAUUUUACUGGAUUUUUAUUUUUGUUCAGUGCAUUGUUUCUAGAUGUUUUCAGAAAUGUAUUUUUUGGCUUUCCAGAGGCCUCUUUUAGUUUGUUAGAAUAUGCAACUAAUGUCUUAGUUAGACAGGUUAAUGUCGUAGUUAUUAUAAAUGUAUCCUUUGUACAUGCUCACUACCUAGACCGGUCUUCACUGAUUUUCUUUUGAAGUUGUUUCAAUAGCGAAUCUUUCGCUUUUAAACAGGGUCUCAGGGGAUGAGGAAAGUCUGUGUAAUUAUCUAGCUGCAUUUAAUGUCGGGUGCAGUUUGCCUGCUUUGGGAGCACAGUGGUCCAGGAAGCAGACCGUUGCUUUACUAAGCCUUCUGAAUCAUAGGCGUUGCUUGAAGUCUUUCGGCGGAGCAUUUUCAAUUUGCUCCCAAUUGUUUCAGCCUGUGAUGUGUGUGGGCACGCAACCUUCUGGAUCUUGGCACUGGCCCUGGAUUGACUCUGAUGAAUAUUGUAUUGGACUGGCGUAUAUUCCAAUUUGCAGGGUGAAAAAGGUCCUCUGUGUUGAAUAAGAUCCAAACAAAGUAAAUGAAUCAUCUUGCUGCCUCUGUAUCUUCUCAUAGUGUCUGGAGAUUUUGUGCAGACUCUGUGUGUGCCAGCAACCAAUUGAAUGUCUUACCAUCGAUCUAGUGUGUCAGGGUGGUGGGGCUGGGGUUGAUUGGUUGAUGCGUCUGUGUGAGAGAGAGGGGAAGAGGGAGUUGCUAGAGCUACUUGCCAACUGCCAUGCUAGGUAGGUGUUUGUGUUUAUGGACACAAUUUCUUUGGGUAGACAGAAUGCUAAAAUGUCAUUUAGUUGUUAUUAUUUUUGUUUUAAUUAAAAUGUGCACAUGCACCCAUUCAUAAUUACUUCAGGAACAUGAGCAAAAGACCAGGUGUCCACAGUGAGGGUGUGGUUAUUUUUAAACUGCUCUUUGAGCGGUCCUUGGUUCCUCAGUGUAGCAUCUGUCCAUUAUGUUGUUUAUUUAAUUUCAUGAAUAAAUGUGAACAAUAAACACCA